AACCCAAAGGUGCGGGAACAAGUGGGGCUGGAGCUGAGCUUCGUCAACUCAGACCUGCAGAUGCUCAAGGAAGAGCUGGAGGGGCUGAACAUCUCGGUGGGCGUCUAUCAGAACACAGAGGAGGCAUUUACAGUUCCCCUGAUUCCUCUUGGCCUGAAGGAAACGAAAGACGUCGACUUUUCAGUCAUCCUCAAGGAUUUUAUCCUGGAACAUUACAGUGAAGAUGGCUAUUUAUAUGAAGAUGAAAUCACAGAUCUUAUGGAUCCGAGACAAGCUUGUCGGACGCCCAGCUGGGAUGAGGCCAGGGUGGAACUGCUGAUGACAUACUUCAUCCAGCUGGGCUUUGUUGAGAAUUGAUUCUUCCCACCCAUGCGGCAGAUGGGACUCCAGUUCACCUGGUAUGACUCCCUCACUGGGGUUCUGGUCAGCCAGCAGAACCUGCUGCUGGAGAAGGCCAGUGUCCUGUUCAACACUGGGGCCCUCUACACCCAGACUGGGACCCGGCGCUAUUGGCAGACGCAGGCUGGGCUGCAGAGUGCCAUAGAUGCCUUUCAGAGAGCUGCAGGGGUUUUAAACUACCUGAAAGAGACAUUUACCCAUACUCCAAGUUACGACAUGAGCCCUGCCAUGCUCAGCGUGCUUGUCAAAAUGAUGCUUGCACAAGCCCAAGAAAGCGUGUUUGAGAAAAUCAGCCUUCCUGGGAUCCGGAAUGAAUUCUUCAUGCUGGUGAAGGUGGCUCAGGAGGCUGCCAAGGUGGGAGAGGUCUACCAACAGCUGCAUGCAGCCAUGAGCCAGGCGCCAGUGAAAGAGAACAUCCCCUACACCUGGGCCAGCUUGGCCUGCGUGAAGGCCCAGCACUGCGUGGCCCUGGCCCACUACUUCACUGCCAUCCUCCUCAACGACCACCAGGUGAAGCCAGGCACGGAUCUGGACCACCAGGAGAAGUGCCUGUCCCAGCUCUACGACCACAUGCCAGAGGGGCUGACACCCUUGGCCACACUGAAGAAUGAUCAGCAGUGCCGACAGCUGGGGAAGUCCCACCUGCGCAGAGCCAUGGCUCAUCACGAGGAGUCAGUGCGGGAGGCCAGCAUCUGCAAGAAGCUGCAGAGCAUUGACGUGCUACAGAAGGUGCUGUGUGCGGCACAGGAACUCCGGCUCACGUACGCCCAGCACCAGGAGGAUGAUGACCUGCUGAACCUGAUCGACGCCCCCAGUGUUGUUGCUAAAACUGAGCAAGAGGUUGACAUUAUAUUACCCCAGUUCUCCAAGCUGACAGUCACGGACUUCUUCUAGAAGCUGGGCCCCUUAUCUGUGUUUUUGGCUAACAAGCAGUGGAUGCCUCCUCGAAGCAUCUGCUUCACCGCAGAAGAAGGGGACUUGGGGUUCACCUUAAGAGGGAACGCCCCCGUUGAGGUUCACUUCCUGGAUCCUUACUGCUCUGCCUCAGUGGCAGGAGCCCGGGAAGGAGAUUAUAUUGUCUCCAUUCAGCUUGUGGAUUGUAAGUGGCUGACGGUGAGUGAGGUUAUGAAGCUGCUGAAGAGCUUUGGUGAGGACGAGAUCGAGAUGAAAGUUGUGAGACUCCUGGACUCCACAUCAUCCAUGCAUAGUAAGAGUGCCACAUACUCCGUGGGAAUGCAGAAAACGUACUCCAUGACCUGCUUAGCCAUUGAUGAUGACGACAAUACUGAUAAAACCCAGAAAAUCUCCAAGAAGCUUUCCUUCCUGAGUUGGGGCACCAAAAAGAACAGACAGAAGUCAGCCAGCACCUUGUGCCUCCCAUCGGUCGGGGCUGCACGGCCUCAGGUCAAGAAGAAGCUGCCCUCCCCUUUCAGCCUUCUCAACUCAGACAGUUCUUCAUACUAAUGUGAGGAAACAAAUACUUUCAGGCCCCAAACAUUUCCGGUGCUGACUCGGCCUUAAACAUUUGUGCCAUAAUGGAAAAUAUCUAUCUAUUUUCAAAUCCUGUUUUUCUCAUAGUGUAAACUCACAUUUGAUGUGUUUUUAUGAAGGAAAGUAACCAAGAAACCUCUAGGAAUUAGUGAAAAAAGAACUUUUUUGAGGCGUGUUACUAUACUGCUGUAAGUUAUUUAUUAUAUAAAGUAUUGUAAAUAGAAUAGUUUUGAAGAUAUGAAAUAUGGCUAUUUUUAAUGGUGACAGUUAUGACUUUUAGUCACUAUUAAAUUGGGGUUACCUAUAAUAAUACAAUUUGUAGUUGUUUCCAGGUUUGGCUAAUAAUCAUUCCUUAACCUAGAAUUCAGAUUAUCCUGGAAUUAAGGCAGGUCAGAGGACUAUAAUGAUAGAACUAAAUUAGUGUCACUAAAAACUGUCCCAAAGUGCUGCUUCCUAAUAGGAAUUCAUUAACCUAAAACAAGAUGUUACUAUUAUAUUGAUAUACUAUGAAUGCUAUUUCUAGAAAAAGUCUAGUGCCAAAUUUGUCUUAUUAAAUAAAAACAAUGUAGGAGCAGCUUUUCUUCUAGUUUGAUGUCAUUUAAGAAUUGCUAACACAGUGGCAGUGUUAGAUGAAGAUGCUGUCUACAAGGUAGAUAAUAUACUGUUUGAUACUCAAAACAUUUUUCAUUUUGUUUAAAGUAGAAGUUACAUAAUUCUAUAUUUUAAGUCUUGGGUAAAAAAGUAGUUUUACAUUUUAUAAAGUAAAGAUGUAAAUGAUUCAGGUUUAAAGCUCUAUUUGACUUUUUUGUUGUUGUUUGAGAUAGAGUCUUGCUAGUGUCAAUAGCAAAAGCCUCUAGCUAUCUGCCUUUCAGGUACAU